AUCUGCGAAAAAACCCAAACACACGUGUGUCCCGACCAAGCUAAAGUUAUCUAGCUAUCUAGUGACUGAACCGUCAACAAUGGGGAAGAGAAAACAGAAGAAUCAGAUCUUUAAUAAUUUAUCAAAAAAGCAGAAGAAACAUCUGAAAGAAUUUGGGGAGGAGCAUCCAUUCCAUGAUAUAGUCACAGAAAAGGCAGAGAAAACACAAAUAUUGGAUCUGCCAGACAGCCCAGUACAGUCCUGUGCUGAAAGUGACGAGGACGACGAACCAGAGCACAAGUCAGCGUACCAGAAGUUGUUGUCUACUCUCAGCAGCCCUGCAGACCACGAAAGCGAAGAUGAGAGUGUAGAUGAUGAUGAAGAAGAGGAUGAGGAAGAGGUAGAAGAGCAUCUCAGUGAAGAAGGAAGUGAUGGAGAUGAUGAGGAAUAUCAAGAAGCAGGAAAUAAUUUGACUGUGACACCAGAAGAGGCAGAUGAGGGGGAAGCAGGACCAAAUGAAGGGGGUGAGGAUGCUACGGAGGAUGAAACAGCAGGAGGAGUGGAGUUUGAGGACAAGGAACAUGAGUCUCAGUUCUGUCUGGAGAACAACUUCUCUGGAGAAGGAGACCAGGAGGGUGCAGAGAGCACUGCUAAACAAGAGGAAGAGGAAGACUCCUUUAAGCUGCACCUUGACACAGAGAUUAGUGAGGAGGACGUAAAACAGAUCACUGCUCGCACUAAGGCCAAGGCUCAGGUCAAGUGGCCAAACCUGGGCACCCUCCUCUGCUCCUCCCCUCUGGAGAAGUUUGGUCCCGCCGGCCAGGAGAAAGACAAAAGGCCUCUGGCGCUCCACAAAGUCCUGGAAACUAACUGGACGUCUCUGAACCAGACCUCCAACUCUAAGGGAGCCGUGGCGGAGGUCAGUCCACUGCAGCUGGAGCUGCUGUCUCUAAUGGGUUCCUACAGGGACGUGUACUUCCCAGAGAGCUCACCACUCACCGAGGGCUGGCAGGUCCGCAGUGCAUACUGCCUCCACGCACUCAACCACGUGCUGAAGGCCAACUCUGGCGUUCUGGGUCAUAAUGCCCAGAUGAGGGAGAACCAAGCCGCAGACAAGGCCGGAGGGAACAAGGCCGGAGUUGAGCCACAGGAUGAGCCCCGGGACCAAGGCCUGACCCGUCCCAAGGUUCUGAUCCUGGUGCCGUUCCGAGAUGGAGCACUGCGGGUGGUCCAGACCCUCAUCAACCUCCUGGAGACCAAGGGCAGGAAGAUGGAUGUCAGCAACAAGAAGAGGUUCAAGGACGAAUUUGGAGAGGAAGCAGUGAACACGCCACCCAACCUCUUCAGACCAGACGACUACACCGCCAUUUUCUCUGGCAAUAUCGACGAUCACUUCAGGAUAGGAGUUUCCAUCUUGAGGAGAAGCAUUCGGCUCUAUGCACCCUUCUACUCCUCUGACAUCAUCAUAGCGUCUCCGCUGGGCCUGCGUACAGUGCUGGGGGUUGAGGGCGAGACCAAGCGGGACUACGACUUCUUGUCCUCUAUCGAGAUACUGGUAGUGGACCAGGCCGACGUCUUCCUCAUGCAGAACUGGGAGCACCUACUGCAUGUGAUGAAGCAUCUGAACCUGCAGCCCUUGGACCCCCAUGGGGUGGACUUCUCCAGGGUGCGCAUGUGGAACCUGAACAACUGGGCCAAGUACUAUCGCCAGACACUGAUGUUCAGCUCUAUCCAGGACCCACAGAUCAACAACAUCAUCUCUAAGCACUGCUUCAACUACCGCGGCCAGGUUGCCACCAAGAAUAUGCCUAUAACAGGCUCUAUCUGCCAGGUUCUGGUUCAGCUCCCUCAUGUCUUCCAGAUAAUCAACUCUAACAGCUUCAUGGACCAUGAUGCAAGGUUCCAAUUCUUUGUGGACAAGGUCCUGCCCCAGUACAGGGACUCAGUCAUGUCCCACACGCUCAUCUAUGUUCCCUCAUACUUCGACUACGUCCGACUGCGCAACUACAUGAAGAAGGAGGAGAUCAACUUUGCCAGCAUAUGCGAGUACUCGACCAAGUCAGAGGUGUCCCGUGCCAGGCACUUUUUCCAGAAGGGAGAUAAACAGUUUAUUCUCUUCACCGAACGCUUCCACUUCUACAAGAGAUACACCAUCAAGGGAAUCCAGAACCUGAUCUUCUAUGGGCUGCCCUCAUACCCUCACUUCUACAGUGAGGUGUGCAACAUGCUGCAGGCAGGGGGCCAAGGAGAGGAGGCUAGCUGGACUUGCACAGCCCUCUAUUCACGCUAUGACGCCCAGCGCCUCGCUGCCAUCACUGGGGCCCAAAGGGCCGCUCAGAUGCUGCAGUCCCAGAAGCCCGCACACCUGUUCGUUACGGGCGAGGAGAAGGGCCCUAUGGGCCCCUAACACACAGAUGGAAAGUGACUGAUAUCUGUAGGUAGGAAUAGGGAACUUCCUUUCAACAGCCACUUUGGUUUUACGACACAGGUCAAUGAUGCCGAUCGUGAAAAUGUAUUGACUUUAGUCAGACAUGCUUUUUUUUAACCCUGUUUUCUCCCCAAUUCCGUGGUAUCCAGUUAUUUAGUAGCCACUAUCUUGUCUCAUCGCUACAACUCCCGUACGGGCUCGGCGGCCCGCCACAGGAGUCGCUGGUGCGGGAUGAGACGAGGAUAUCCCUACCGGCCAACCCCUCCCCUGACGACGCUAGGCCAAUUGUGCGUCGCCCCACGGACCUCCCGGUCGCAGCCGGUUACGACAGAGCCCUUAACCACUGCGCCACCCCGAACAGUGAUUUUUUAUGAAUACACCCAAAGUUUCAAGUAUCACUGGUAUUAAAGUGAUGUUACUUGAGAUUAAGUGUUAACAUUUUUUACUCAAACGAGUUUAUGAAAUUGUGAGUUUAUUACCAGCAUUCAAAUGUUUUGUUAUGCCAUGUUAGCAUAUUGCUUUUAAAUACUUUAAGUGAUACAGAUGUCCACCUUUGCUUUGAUAAUUUAGGUGUUAAUAUUUCUAUGAUCAGUCUGGUUCUCAACUUAAUGUUGAGAGUUAAAUACACAAGAUAUAAUUUUAAAAUGUGGUUGUGCAUCAAGUUUCACUUUCAGUCACUCAAUUAGCCAUAUCUGCAAACAUUUUUUUUUGAUUGGUAGUUAGCCAGUUAUCUAAACGUGAUAUCGACUGGGCACGCAGGGCAUGUGUCCAGUGGCCCUGACCUCCAGGGGGCCCCCAUUGAUUUUUGUUAGUCAUGCUCACUCAGAUCAUAUCAACAUGGCACAAGUCACUGGAAAAUGUGUCGAAGUGCAAGAAAUUUGCUUUAACACCGGAAACAAAACAUCUCUGCCCCAUGGGGGGAAAGUGUAGAAUUGCAGGAAAUGUACUUCAAAACAACAUUCUCUACUGGGGGCCAGUAAAAUCUUUUGCCGGCUAGGUGCCCCAAAAGGCAAGGGCCGGCCCUGGCAAUAAUGUAACUUUUUGGGUUACCUGACCAUUAGUUCAUCAUUCUCAUCAAGCAAUUCUAAGUAUUAGAUCUAUUCUAUUUGUGUGCUAUUUAUAGUUGCAUUUUCUACUUUGUUUUGUACACCAUCUUUAAACAGCGGUAUAGAUGGUACAAUAAUUCGCUACACAAUGACUGCUUGUUUUGUCACAAACUGAAAUUAGGCAAACGCUGAGCCAUUUCUUCAUAGUGCAGUAAGAGUUGUAACUACAUGGAUUGAUUCCACAAACCAGUUGACUGACUGCAUGUGUGGAUAUGGAUACUACACCUGCGAGCAACUGCUGCCCCUCAACUUCAGAAUUGUGUGUGUGUAUAUACACGCUGAACAAAAAUAUAACAUGUAAAGUGUUGGUCCCAUGUUUAAUGAGCAAAAAUAAAUGAUCCCAGAAAUGUUUCAUAUGCA